AUGGGAUCUUUCAUAGGUCAUAUACUGCCAGGGACCUUGUUUCUUCUAGUUGGGGCAUGGCAUAUAUGGGGAUCCGUGGUGAGGUAUGUAUCAAAUCCUAAAACAUUCAGAGUUCAUGUUUGGAAUCCUGUACCGGGAUUUAAUGGGAGACUCAAGCACUUGGAGCUCUAUGUCAUUUCGAUCGGUGCUUUCAUUGACUUGUGUGUGGAGCUCUUGUUAGCAACCCACCUUAGGUUUUUUUUAGGUGGAUCCUUAAACACUACUUACUUCAAUAACUUUGAGCACUCUGGAAUGCUUCUAAUGUUUCUUAUCUAUGGUGUUGUAGCACUCUUCUCAGAAAAGACACGAUAUCUUCCCUUGCCGCACAGUGCUCUUUGUUUGAUUGCUGCCACAGCAUUCUGUGCAGAGUAUCUUCUAUUCUACUUUCACUCAACAACACAUAAAGGCCUUGAGGGCUAUUACCAUGUCCUCCUUGCUUUCCUCAUUGGGCUUUGCAUUAUAUCUUCAAUUGCUGGGGCCCUUUUGCCUACCAGCUUCCCAGUAGAUUUAUGUAAUGGCAUUGCUAUAACGCUGCAAGGAAUCUGGUUCUAUCAGACUGCUUUUGUUCUUUAUGGUCCCAUGCUACCCUCUGGUUGUAGGCUCAGGGAUAGUAAUAUCACAUGUCAUGCAAAAGAGAGUGAGGUUCGGGCUGAAUUGCUGGCUAAUGUUCAACUCUCUGUUGCAGUCCUCGCUGUUCUUGUAGGAAGUGUAGCAUCCUAUGGCUUUGCAGCUUCAAGAUAUCCCAACUGUGAAGAACUUGCUAGCAAUUCCGGUUGA